AUGGGCAAGGGCGCCCGCGCCGCCCUCCAGAUCGCGGAGAAGGAGACGCUCAUCGCGGCGCUCAUCCCCAAGGAGAAGCUCCCGACGAAGAAGGAGAUCCGCGAUAGCAUCCCCGAGCACUGCUUUCAGCACUCCUACACGGCGGCCUUCGCGCACGUCGCCCGCGAUGGCCUCAUCAUCGCGACGUUCGCGUUCCUCGCCUUCGCGUGCCUGCGCCGCGAGAACCUCACGGCCGUCGACUGGGUCGGCUGGAACUGCUACGCGUUCUUCCAGGGCGCGGCGCUGACGGGCUGGUGGGUCCUCGCGCACGAGUGCGGCCACGGGGGCUUCUCGGCGUCGCAGCUCGUCAACGACUGCGUGGGCAUGGUGCUCCACAGCGCCCUGCUCGUGCCCUACUUCGCCUGGCAGUACAGCCACGCGAAGCACCACAGCAAGACGAACCACCUCAUGGACGGCGAGACGCACAACCCCAACUCCAAGGACGACGUCGAGGAGGCGGGCUACGUGACCCUGGCCCACGCCGUGGGCGAGGAGGGCUUCGUCGUCUUCCAGCUCUUCGCGCACCUCGUCGUCGGCUGGCCCGUGUACCUCAUCAUGAACGCGUCGGGCGCGCGGCGCCUCUACAACGGCAAGCCCAUCGAGGGCCGCCUCCUGGACCACUACCGCCCGACGUCGGCCCUCUUCCCGCCGUCCUGGCGCAAGCGCAUCUUCAUCGGCACCUGCGGCAUCGCCGUCGCGCUCGGCGCCAUCGCCUACUCCGUCGCGGCCUUCGGCGCGCUGCCCGUCUGGCUCUUCUACGGCGGCCCCUACAUGUGGGUCAACUUCUGGCUCGUCCUCUACACCUGGCUCCAGCACACGUCGCCCGACGUGCCCCACUACGGCGACGACGAGUGGACCUGGGUCCGCGGCGCGCUCUGCACGAUCGACCGCCCCUACGCCGAGUGCCUCGGCUUCUUCGACUGGGUCCACCACCACAUCGGCUCGACCCACGUCUGCCACCACCUCUUCUCCAACCUCCCCUGCUACCACGCCGUCGAGGCCACGCAGCACCUCAAGGCCUACCUCAAGCCCCUCAACCUCUACAACUACGACCACGACAGCCUGUGGGUCUCCAUGAUCAAGGCCGCGCGCACCUGCCACUACAUCGAGGAGCCCGCCGGCGUCCAGUACCCCAAGCCCAUCACCAACCUCUUCAACAAGGACGGCAAGGCCGCGCCCAAGGCCGCGAAGGCGGACUGA